AGUGUCGUCCAUGGGCUUUGUGGGCAUUUCAACAAAUUGCUAGUAAAGAAACAAAAAACUUGAAUCUCUUUUCCUUUUUACUUUUUUGUUUUUCGAAAAUGUGGUUAUGAUAUUCAAGACUUGAUUUCUCAAGUUUCAGAGCAAGCUGAGGCUGGAAAGUGCUACUAAAUAUAAAUUCUUGUAUUAUUUUUAUAUUAUUUGCUUGAAAAUAAAACAGAGUUCCAACGAAUUCAUGCUAAUCUAACAAUUUUAUUGCCAUUUUAAUCAAGUCAUCAGAAACGAAUUACGUGCUGAUAAGCCAUCCUUUUUUAGAUUUGCACAAGUCUUACAGUUGCAAUUAGGAUAUCACCAUUUCGAAAUUCUCAACUAAUCCUCGACGGCUAAAUCUUCAUGCCCACAACUUUCGUCCGUGUCGCUUUGGCGCUUAAAUAAAAGCAGGCAGCGACUCCAUUAAUUCAGAUCAACGCCUUACAUAAAAACUCUUUUAUAAUUUUUACUACAAUUGCCAUGUUCACAUUUAUAAUUGAUGGUUGUCCCCUUUUGUUCCUUCAAAAGGAGAUUAUACCUAACCUUGACGACCAAAUAUUGAUCGCCAUUGGCCCUUUUCUCACUUAUAUAUAUAUAUAAGGAUUAAUACGCAUAAAGGAAUGUCAUAUUGUAUUGCCCUUUUCUCAUUUAUGUAUAUAUAUAUAUAUAUAUAUCUAUGGAUUAAUAUGCAUAUAUAUUGGCCCUUUAUUCAUUUAGGUACACAUAUAAAAAAGGAUUAAUAUUCAUAAAGAAAUGUCAAUGUAGGCCUCAUCCUUGUCUUUCAUGUCUAUAGUUGUGAGGUUGAAUCAAACUCAACAUUCUAUACAAGGACUUGUCCCAAGAUGUUAGCUAUUGUGCUUGGGCAAGUGCAAUCGGCUCAGAUUUAAUCCAUGCAUCAACUCUUCUUAUCUAUAUGCUUUGUGAAUUUGUACAUCUUCACAUGAAGACACACAUGAUUACUCUUUAACAUUAGUUUACAUUAUAUUCUAUGUAUCCUUUUUUUUUUUAUCCCAUAGGCUCGAGUGACAAAACUGAAGCUCCCCUACCACUCAAUCUUAUAUUCAGUCCAAUACAUCGAUCCUAAUUAUGGCGUACCAAAUCGCAUCGCUUAACAAUCACAAAGGACUAAAAAGAUCCUCUUUAGUUGCUCAUUCUUAAUGGUAUUAAUUAAUGAGAACUAUAUUGAUGUCCCUUUGAAUUACUAAAACAUUUAUUUAUUGAAAUUUUUGUAUCCGUCAAUCUUAUUUAUCUCAUUGAUUUUUUCCCCUUAUUGUUUUACGUUUCAAACGGUGAGCAAUUGCUCGAAUAUAAUCAUAAAUUAUUAUCUUACUUUUUACAUAGACAAAACAUGACACGUAAUUACGUUUUAGAUGUUUGUGAUGGGAAAUGACAAUGACGUCCAGCUCAUCGCCAUUCCUUGGGGCCCCCAUUUCUUACACCGUCACGCAUCACAUCUCACCAUAUUUCGACACAGCAAGCAACUUUUCCAAAGACCUCCCCUCAGAAUUAGGGGAUGAGAUCUCUGAUCCGCGGUAAAGACUGGGUCAAUUUUUGAUUCAGCCUUGGUAUUGAUGGGGACAAUGAUCCCCCACUUAUUAACAGAUGAGUAUCAUUAUCUCCCUCUUCUUUUUUCCUAUUUCAAAAAGAAAAACAGGCUAUCCAUCGUCCCUUCUACGCUUCACUUCAUUAUAAAUGACACAGAGCAGAGUGUCUCGUUAAGAGAUUUGCGCAAGUUAGAAUUUAGUAGCAUGGCUUCUUUCUUCUCCUUUUCGCAUGCUUUCUCUUCCUCUCUGUUUCUUACGUUGUUGUUGUUAGGCUUCUACGAGUGCGAGGCUCAAUUAACCACGACGUUCUAUGACACCUCUUGCCCCAGCGUGUCGACUAUCGUGCGUGACCAGGUGAGACAGGCACAGAGCUCGGAUCCACGCAUCCUCGCGAGCCUCACUCGCCUCUUCUUCCAUGAUUGCUUCGCCAACGGUUGCGAUGGAUCGAUAUUGCUAGAUAAUAGCAGCACGGAGAAGGGUACUGCCCCGAACAAGAAUUCUGCGCGGGGUUUUGACAUCAUAGAUAAGAUCAAAGUCGCGGUGGAAAACAACUGCUCCGGCAUUGUGUCAUGCUCUGACAUCUUAGCUAUUACCGCUGAAGCUUCAGUCAACUUAGCAGGUGGGCCUUCAUGGAGUGUCUUACUUGGAAGAAGAGAUGGAACUACAACCAACAUAACUGCCGCGAAUAACCUCCCUUCUCCCUUCGACAGUGUGACUGUCCUCCAACAAAAGUUUGCGGCUGUCAACCUUAACGUCACAGAUUUAGUCGCCUUAUCUGGAGCUCACACCUUUGGGCGCGCACAAUGUCGGACAUUCAACCAGCGGCUCUACAACUUCGGUGACACAGGCAACCCAGAUCCAUCGUUGAACACCACAUACCUCUCCGCAUUGCAGCAGAGUUGCCCGCAGGGCGGAAACGUCAGCGCCCUCAAUGACUUUGAUGUCUCCACUCCUGACGCCUUUGAUAACAAAUACUAUACCAAUUUGCAGAGCCUGAGGGGGCUGCUCCAAACCGACCAAGACCUGCUCUCUGCUGCCUCCACCAAUGCAUCUACUGCCCCCAUCGUCAACGAGUUUGCCAUGAAUCAAACUGCCUUUUUCGAGAGCUUUCUCGAGGCUAUGAUCAAGAUGGGCAACAUCAGUGUGCUCACGGGGAGCAACGGGGAGAUCAGGAGCAAUUGCCGGCAAGUGAAUGAAGCUAGUGGCUGAAUGAAGUUGGCGCUAAAAGAAGUUGCUCUGUUGUGCCAAUUUGAAUUCAAACUCAAUAACAUGUCUAGUGUCUUAAUUACCAAUCGAUAGAACCGACUAGUCCGGUUUGUUUAUUAGUUUUAAAUAAAUAAAUAUGGUAAAUCACAAAACUUGGUGCUAACCUAGCUAUAUUAUAAAAAUCUCUUCUUCUCUAA